AUGUGGGCAGCGUAUAAUGGCCAAGUGGAAGUGGCGCGGCUGUUGCUGGACGCCAGCGCCGACAAGGAUGUGAACGACGAAGGUGAUGGUCUGACGGCAUUAAUGUUGGCAGCUGCGAAUGGCCAUGUGGAAGUGGCGCGGCUCUUGUUGAACGCCGGCGCCGACAAGGAUUUGCAAGACAAGAAGGGUUCGACUGCUCUAAUAUUGGCAGCCCAGCAAGGUCACGCUGAAGCCGCGCGGCUCUUGUUGCAAGCCGGAGCUGACAAGGACCUGCGCACCAAGCGCUCUUGCUGUUUCAGAGGCCGAACAGCGUGGGAAAUUGCCAAACGCCACGGGCACCAAGACGUCCUUGAGGUCCUACGCAGUUCCCAGGAAUCGCCAACCCUGCACGACUUGCAAAGCAAAGACGGCACAGCGCAACAGACUGCAGCGGAACCGGACGAGAAGAUUACCCGCCUUUAG